GAGCGAUAUGCGUAUCGCGAGAAUAUGACCGAAGUUGUUGUGCAGCAUCUCGGAAAACAAACGUCGGUCAGGAUCCGUUGCGGUGAUUUAGUACGCAAAGUUGCUGUGUAUCAUAAUCGCUUAGCUGUGCAGCUCACUGACCGUGUUCACAUUUACCGGCAAAUGGCCGAGCGCGACGACGGACAGCUCGAAUAUCGUUUGGUUGAGAAGAUUAAUCAAGCUUUCGAUUGCUCGCUGCUUGUAGUCUGUGCGCAGCAUUUGAUACUCUGCCAGGAGCGGCGACUGCAGUGCUACGAUCACAAAGGGCUUAAACAGCGGGAAUGGGUUCUUGAGUCACUGAUACGCUAUAUCAAGGUUAUUGGUGGUCCACCUGGCCGUGAAUCCAUUUUGAUUGGCCUACGCAACGGGGCCGUUUGUAAAAUAUUUGUGGACAAUCCAUUUGCCAUUGAAAUAUUGCGUUUGAAAAGUGCUGUGAGAUGCCUCGACAUAAGUCAUUUGAGGAAAAAGCUCGCAAUUGUAGAUGAAACCGGUGUCUGUAUGACUUUCGACAUCAAAACCAAACAGCUUCUUUUUCAGGAGCCAUCAUGUAAUAGUGUGGCUUGGAACGCUGAUCAAGAAAAUCUUCUCUGCUACUCCGGUGGUGGUGCUCUAUGCAUCAAAGCGCAUAAUUUUGCACCGCACCAACAGAGAAUGCAAGGCUUCGUUGUUGGAUUUUCUGGUAAGCGUGUCUUUUGCUUGCAUAUGUUUGCCAUGACUGCAAUGGAAGUCCCUCUGUCAAAUCAGCUCUAUCAAUAUCUUGAGCAGAAAAUGUAUAGAGAAGCUUAUGAUUUGGCUUCACUGGGCGUCACGGAAGGCGACUGGGAGAUUCUUGGUCAUGACGCCUUGCAGAACUUUCAACUUGAUAUUGCCAAAAAGGCUUUUCACAGAGUUAAAGAUACGCGAUACCUGCAACUGAUUUCUGAAAUCAAGGUAAUGAUGAAUAAAGGUGAGAAAAAAGAACUGAUGCUUGCAUAUAUGAAAGCAUAUGGAGGCCGAUUCCGUGAAGCAGCCAUGCUUUUUCAAAGUAGUGGCAAUGAGCAGAAAACACUGGAAAUGUUCACAGAUCUGCGUAUGUUCGAUCAGGCGCAGGAGCUGCUUUCAACAGCUUCUGGCGAAACGCAGAAAGCGCUGAUGCGACGACGUGCUGAUUGGGCGCAAGAUUCGAACGAGCCGCGUGUUGCCGCAGAAAUGUUCGUUGCUUCGGGCGAUUACGACAAAGCGAUCAAGCUUAUGAUCGAAAAUGACUGGACUGAUAUGUUAGCUUUUCGUGUUUCUCUUUUUCGGUGAUU